GAUUGUGAAUCGUGAUUCGUUCAUCGUACGCGACUGUACGUCGAAUUAGUACACAAUUAAUUAUAUUGACAAUUUACCAUGAAAAAAGUGUUUGUCUGUUUGUAAGGUUUGUAGGUUAAUAAAAUAUUUGCGGGUGUCCGUUACAAAUGUUUUAAAGGCAGAAAGGCUGAACCUCAAUAAAAAUGGAUGAAAAAGAGGAACUGCACCUAACCUCGCAAGAGCUACAAGUUUUGUCAGAGCUUGACAGUCGUCAAUUUGGUUUUCUGAAGCUCCGUGGCAGUGAACAUGGCAGAACCCGAGCACUGGUUCUUAAAGCAGUUAAAUACUUGGAAGGAAUGUUAGUACAAGUCAAGGAAGAAGAAAGAGCCUGUUCUCCAGGAGUUAGAAGAGACAUAUGUAUAGAUCCAAAGACUUACUGCAAGCUGGGUCACUUUCAUUUAUUGUUAGAAGACUAUGCUAAAGCAAUGUCAGCUUAUCAGAAGUUUUACGCACUGGAACAAGAAAAUUGGAAGGAUCCUCUCUUCCUGUAUGGACUUGGGCUAUGCUAUUACCAUUACAACGCUUUUGACUGGGCGACGAAGGCGCUGCAAAUGGCUCUGUACGUGUCCCCGGGGUUUACUCGGGCGGCGGACGCGCACCUUCGCCUCGCUCUCAUGUUCAAAGCCAGGCGGCACUGGGGUGCUGCAGCGGUGCACUUUAGGCGUGCGAAGCUGGCGCCGCACCAGGAUGCCACGUUCACACGCCUCGAACUCAGCUUUCACGCCGCCCACCUCCUUGAAGCACGGGGGCUGAGGAAGGCAGCCCGGGACGCUUACGAGAGACUACUCAAAGAACCACAACUAUCGUCCACUUUGAAAGCAGAUGUAUGUCGUCAACUAGGUUGGUUGUACCACCGAUGUGCUUCGCUCGGCGAGUCUGCGGCUCGCGCGCGUGCCGCUAUUUGGUGCUUGCAGCGCGCCGUCGUAGCCGAGCCGGAGUCGGGUGCCGGGCUCUAUUUGCUCGGGAGAUGCUUCGCCGCCCAGGGCAAAGUGCACGACGCCUUUAUCGCUUAUAGAAACUCGGUCGAGAAAUCCGAAGGCAACGCGGAUACUUGGUGUUCCAUAGGGGUGCUGUACCAGCAGCAGAACCAACCGAUGGAUGCGCUCCAGGCGUAUAUAUGCGCGGUGCAGCUGGAUAAAGGUCACUCAGCUGCGUGGACGAACCUCGGCAGCCUGUACGAAAGUUGCGCAAUGGCCCGCGACGCUUUCGCUUGCUACAACAACGGCGGCGCGCGCGCCACGCAAGCGAGUGCGCCUUUACGCCAGCGCCUCGCAUUCCUGCGAGCGCACCUCGCUCAUGCCCCCAUGCCUUCCGUCACCGGCAAACGCCGACCGCUUCCUUCAAUCGAAGAAGCGUGGAACUUACCCAUAUCCGCGGAAAUGUCGUCUCGUGCCCCGAAACCCGCCCCGCCACCGUACCCCGGCGCGGCGGGUGCUACCUCUACACCGAAACGAGACGAGCCCGCGCCCCUCACACACCACCAGCUUCAAACCCUUCAGUAUUUGCAGAGGAACUCUCACAACCUCUCGCCGCAACAGCAAGCGCUGAUGCAACAACUACUAUCCCAGUACCGACUCUCCCAAGCAGCGAGAGCGCGUGCGGUGGCAAAAAAUGAAGGAAGCGCCAGCGGCGAUAGCGCAGAAUCGCUCGCUGAAGAUUUGUUGAAGAAAUUUUCUGACUCACAGCCUGAUAUAAAAAAGGAACCAGCAACAAAGAGCCCCGCGGGAGCCAGCGGCGAUGCAGCGUUGGGCGGGAGGCAGCCGGUAGUGAAGCUGGAGCCUCUCAAAACAGACCCGCUCAAGCCCGUCGCCUUCCACAUCGGCAUGACCGCCAAGCAGAUCCUUGACGCUUGCAAGGACAACGCGGGCGCGCCGUCGUCGUGGUCGGUGCUGGGCGACGGGCGCGCGCCGCCGUCCCCGCCCGGCGUGCCGCCGCCGCGCCUGUCCGCCGAGCAGCUGGCGCCCCCCGCGCCCUUCGUGUACGUCGAGUCCAAGCGCGAAGCCUUCUCGCCGCAGUUGCAGGACUUCUGCCUCAAACACCCCAUCGCCGUCGUGCGCGGCCUCACCGCUGCGCUCAAGCUCGAUCUCGGCCUCUUCUCCACCAAGACGCUCGUCGAGGCGUGGCCCGACCACGCGGUCGAGGUGCGCACGCAGCUCAUGCAGUCGGCGGACGAGAACUGGGAUGCGAGUGGGCGCCGGCGCGUGUGGGCUUGCGCUUCGCACCGCUCGCACACCACCGUUCGCAAGUACGCACAGUACCAGGCGGGCUCGUUCCGGGAGUCCCUGCGCGAGGAGCGCGAGCGCGGAGCGGCGCCGGCGCACGCGGCGGGCGCGCUGUCCGACUCGGACGGCCGCGAGUCGGGCUCCGGGCCCGCCAAGCGCCGCCGCACCGCGCGCAUGCUGCGCUUCGGCACCAACGUCGACCUCUCGGACGAGCGCAAGUGGCGCCCGCAGCUCGCCGAGCUAUAUAAACUGCCAGCGUUCGCGCGCGUCUACUCCGCAGGGAAUAUGCUCUCGCACGUCGGUCACGUCAUUCUCGGCAUGAACACCGUCCAACUCUACAUGAAGGUGCCGGGCAGCCGCACGCCCGGCCACCAGGAGAACAACAAUUUCUGUUCGAUCAACAUCAACAUCGGCCCCGGCGACUGCGAGUGGUUUGGCGUGCCGGACGCGUACUGGGGCGGCGUGCGCGAGCUGUGCGACCGGCACGGACUGUCCUACCUGCACGGCUCGUGGUGGCCCGACCCGGACGAACUGCGCGCGCACGGCGUGCCCGUGUACCGCUUCACGCAGCGGCCGGGCGACCUCGUGUGGGUGAACGCGGGCUGCGUGCACUGGGUGCAGGCGACCGGCUGGUGCAACAACAUCGCCUGGAACGUCGGGCCGCUGACGGCGCGCCAGUAUUCGCUCGCGCUCGAGCGCUACGAGUGGAACAAGGUGCAGAACUUCAAGUCGAUCGUGCCCAUGGUGCACCUGACGUGGAACCUGGCGCGCAACAUCCGCGUGACCGACCCGCGCCUGCACCGCGCCAUGCGCACGUGCCUGCUGCAGACGCUGCGCGCGGCGGCCGGCACGCUGCAGGCGGUGCGCGCGCGCGGCGUGCCCGUGCGCUUCCACGGGCGCGCGCGCGGCGAGGCGUCGCACUACUGCGGCGUGUGCGAGCGCGAGGUGUGGCACGCGCUGCUGGUGCGCGAGCACGAGCGCCGCCACGUGGUGCACUGCCUGGCGUGCGCGCGCCGCGCCAGCCCCACGCUGGCCGGCUUCCUGUGCCUGGAGGAGCACCACGUGGAGGAGCUGGCGCAGGUGUACGACGCCUUCACGCUGCACCGCCCCGCGCCGCCGCACACGUCCACGCCGGACUGA